UGUGGGGGUGCGAGUGAUGCACAGUAUCCUUGGCCAUGGGGAAAGGGUGGGAUGGGGUAUAUGAUAUGCGCUAUCCUCUUCCAGAGAGGUGAGGUGGGAGACACACACUCCAGGCACGGGGAAGUGAUGGGAUCAGAUAGGUGAUACUAUCAUCCAGCAUAGGGGGGAAGUGGGUGAUUCACAGUAUCGCCUGGCAUGGGGUUAGUGGAUACCACCAUAUUUUCCAGCAGGUGGCAGGUGAGACAUAGGAUCCUGGAGCUCCUGUAGUCAGGACUUGAUAAGAGUUUUGCACGUGUGCCUCCUAGGAGCCAAGCCCCAGCCUCUCAGUCACUCUACCCAAUGAGAAGUAAUUCCUCACAGGGUCUGAGUGGGCAGGAUAUUCUUAGACCACAAAGUUCUGCCAAACAUUUCUGCAGUUAGAAGCAGAAAACGAUCCAGGAGAAGGCAGGCAGCUGCAGCACUGAGACAAAUCCACAGCAAAGAAGAGAGCAACAGAGGGGGAAAGAAAGAAAGAGCACCUAGAAGCUCCAGCAGUGCCUUUUCUUACUCGGGCUUGGAAAAGGAAUCAUACUGGGACAAGAAUAGAUCAAGCAUCUGUCAGGUGGUGUGGAAGGCAGUCAGAGUGAUCCAGCUGGCAAAAUCCUUCUGCCCCCCGCACCCAGCUCUCACAUAGAAUCCAUGCCCUGCUGCCUUGGCCUGCCUAAUUUCCAGCACUGACAGAGAUGGCCCACAGAAACAAGGGCGUGACUUUCAAGUCCAGCCACUCCAAGAAGAAGCCUGCAGAGGAGUCAGUAAUUACAAGCCUCAACAUGGACUCCCUGGGCUUCCAGGCUGUGGAUAGCAACGUCCCUGGUCUGUCGCAGGUCAUCCUGAAGAAGCUCAACAUGAAGAGCUAUGAUGAAUACAAGUCUGCGAUGGACGGAAAGAAGCUGGGGAUAGAUUUCGGGAUCCGGACUUAUUUCGACAUGUUUCAAAAAAUGGAGGACACCUUCAAAUUCUGUGCUGAGUGCAAGAAACUCCCUGAUGCCCUCCCUGACCCCAGAAGCCUCCGGCGAUGCAAAAGGUGCCAGAAUGUGUAUUACUGCAACUCAGAGUGCCAACGGGCCAACUGGCCUAUGCACAAGAAGUUGUGUAAGAAGCUGAAGUUGGUAGCUCUUGACCGGCUGGUAGAAUGGCUCGUCUUCACAGGUGACAUCCCAUUCCCCACGGCGACCUGGACAAAGCGUAUACAGGAGGUGAAAAGCUGGGAAGACUGGUUCUCCAUGCAGGAGCUCCUGGAAGAAAAGCUGAGCUCUAUACUGACUGGGCGUUAUAUGAACAUCCUCUGGGCCAACGUGCGGAAGCCAAAGCCAGAGGAGGGAGAGCUGCUGGAGUCUGUCAAACGGCUGACCACAGACUUCCAGUCCAGGCCAAUCACCAUCGCCAUGGCACUGCAUGCUUUCGCCAUUGAUCUCUAUACCAAGCCUGUCACAGUGCAUAUCGUAGGGGCUUCCCAUAUCGAGACCCUCAACACCCGGGUGACCGAUUAUGAUGAGCUGACGCGGGUGUUUCCUAGGCACCAGGGCAUUGAGGUAGUAAUGGUGGGAGUCAAUGUGGUAGAUGGACCCAUCAUGAGGCCUCCGCUGACAGCAUUCGGGCCCAGAGGAAGAGUCUAUCUCAGCAGCUACAAGGCCCUGUAUCCUGACUUCUGGGAAUCCCAGGUGGAGACUCAUCAGGCUGCCCGCCCAGACCUUGUGGUGGGCUUUCAUCCAGGAUUACAUGCCUGCCUGGAUGUGAUGGAUGGCUGGCUCCCCACACUGCUGCUGCUGCGGGACUACAAGAUCCCCACCCUCUUCACCAUCUACAGCGAGCAGGAGCUGAAGUACUCCCUGAAAAUCCUGAUGGAGCUGGAGACUCAGAUCACAGGCUACGGAGCCAAUCCCUUCUCCUCCCUCAAGCCGGAGCAGGUCUAUUCCAACCCCAACAAGUCACCCGUCUACUGCAAUGCCUAUUACAUCAUGUGCCACGGGCUGGCCGGCACCCCGGAUGAGCCAGACAUGGGGGGGCUAGACGGGGCUGAGGACAGAGGGGAGUAGAGAGGAGACACCGUCGCUAUAUGCGUUGUCAGCUACUGCCACCUCCCCAGCCAGAGUGCAGGGCUCCUCCUGAGCUCCUCCUCCCCAGGCUCCCAGCCUGAGCUGGACAGGGACUCUCCAUGCCUAGUGGCUCUUCCUCGAGCCCAGGCGGGAGAGCUGCUUGCUUGGGCUGUGCAGUGCUGGGGACCUGGGAGGUGGGUGGGCCUUUUCUGGGGGGCUGUAAAGCAUACUUCAGCUAGUGCCCUCUGCUGGGCAGGCCUGUGUGUUACAGUGACACAUCAGCAUCAUGGAAGAGGAUCUUUACAGUUAAUAAAUAUCACCAAGGCCUUGCUCUCCUAUAGCACUAGCUAGUAGCAGGUCUCAGAGGAAGCCGGGAUCAUAAAGUAUAUAGUCACUAGGGCAGCAUCCAGGGUGGCUGCUCCAGACUGCCGGUGCCAGCGUUUGGGGGUCUGCGUGCCUGGUGUCAGCUCCCCAGCGGCUACCUUAGCCCACAGGUGAGAACGCCUAUCUCAGCUCAGCGGGAGGCUCUGGGGAAAGGUUCCCAACCUGCCCCGGCACCCAACGUCCGAACGGGCACUUGCUCCCACUCAACCAAGGGCAGGGCAACCAGCCAAGAGCCACUGUCUCUGGGACCCGGGCCCAAGUUACAGCCCCACCAUGUUUAUUCUACCCAUUCAUUUCCAGGGCUACAGCAGCUCCACUUGAUGCAUGGGGAAGGUGUUGUCCCCUUAGGCCAGAACAUCUGGAGUGUGGAAGGGCAGGCAGUUAUCUCCCCCGGGCUGGGGUACUGAGUACAACUGGAAUGAGACCGGAGAUGGUAUUGCCAUGCAGUGAACACAUCUGGAUUAGGAGUUUGCGGGGAGGGAAACCCUGGAGUGAUAUUUGUGACCCUGGCUUGUGCAUCACUGAAAGGCAGGCUUUUCAUUAGACCCAGCCUGCAAUCCUCCUUGAGCACAGUUAGAUCCACCCCCAGUGAGCCUGCUACUCUUAUGUUGCCCUCUGCCUUGGUGACCCCGGAGGGCCACAGCCAUGGGAGAUGCUGGUGACCUCAAUACACAGACAGGCUCUCGUCACGGCGGUGCCUGCCUCAGCGAAUGCAGCUCACUCUCUCGCAUGGGCCCAAUUGCUGUUGCAGCUAGGUGCUGUGUGCAGCACUGGAGAAGGAUCCUUUCUGUCCACUAAAGAGCCGUUUGCCUUCCUCUGUGGUGGUCGCCUUCCAGGGCCAGUGAUGGCCACGCUCCUGAGCUAAUGGUGCAUCGUGGAGAAAGGGCAGGGGCUGCACCCAGGAGCAGGCUCAUGGCCAGACACCCCUCUCUGCCGCCCCUUUCCCUGCAGGUGACUCACACACCCAGGAGGGGCACAGAGAAGGGACGGGAGAAGCAGCAGAGAUUAAAGAACACCUGAGAGAAGCCAGGAGCAACAGCUUUAUUUCUGAAAAGGGCUUCAUUGUAAGAAAGGAAGCCAGCCCCUGCCCCCUCUUUAGCUGG